UAAAUUAAUUGAGAAAACUUAAAAUGUUUUCAAAAAUUUAUUUGCUACUUUUAUUUAUAGUUUUAAAAGAUGGAUUAUGUUUAUUUUGGAAUAAUCAUCAUCAAAAUAGAAAAGAUAAUUCAGAAAGAAAAGAUGUUCAUACAAUUCCGCUUAGUUCAGAUAUCACUUUCUAUUGGAGGGUUGAUUUUAUGAGUGAGAUCAUAAUCGCAGAAGUUCAUUAUACAAGUAUUGACAAUACUUGGUUCGCUAUAGGUUUUUCAGAUUACGGUAAAUUGAAAUCUGCCGAUUAUUGCGUUUUAUGGAUUGAUUGGCAUCGUCAAAUUCAAUUACAAGAUGCUUGGGCAGAUGAAGAAGGAAAAUUAAAUUUAGAUUUGCAACAGGAUUGUGAGAAUUUUGCAUGGAGAAGAAGAGGAAAUAUAACAAAAUUCACUUUUUCAAGGAAAUUUGAUACUUGCGAUGAAAAUGAUUAUAUUAUGGAGAGAGGUACUACACAUUUAGUAUGGUUAAAAGGUUUAGGACCAUUAUCAUCUUUGACUGGUUUGCAAGUAUCCGAUGCAGACACUUCUGGUAUGUCUAGAACAGAAUUAAUCAGGAUGCUUCAUAAGAAGCCAAUAUUUCCUUCAAAUGCUUGGCAGUUAGAAAUAUUAACAGAUCGUGUAAAAGUACCGAACAAAGAAACAACUUAUUGGUGCCGUGUACAAAAAUUACCUCCCAUUUUGUCUCAAAAACAUCAUAUCCUACAAUUUGGUCCAGUUAUACAAACAGGCAACGAACAUUUGGUUCAUCAUAUGGAAAUUUUUCAUUGUGCUGGACCAAUAAAUUUUGAAAUUCCUAUGUAUGAUGGUCCUUGUGAUGGAACUGAUAGACCAGAGAAAACUCAAAUAUGUAAGAAAGUUUUAGCAGCAUGGGCCAUGGGAGCAGAUGCUUUUAUCUAUCCAGAAGAGGCUGGUCUUUCAAUUGGUGGCCAAGAUUUUAAUCCUUAUAUAAUGCUGGAGAUUCACUACAAUAAUCCUGAAUUUCAGAAUGGGAAUAUCGAUUCUUCAGGAAUUCGUUUCAUUCUUACUAAAAAUCUUCGGAAAUACGAUGCUGGUGUAAUUGAAUUAGGCUUAGAAUAUACUGAUAAAAUGGCUAUUCCUCCACGACAAGAAGCUUUUACUUUAUCUGGACAUUGCAUACAAGAAUGUACAGGCAUUGGUCUUCCACAACAUGGUAUUCAUAUUUUCGCAUCGCAACUUCAUACACAUUUAACAGGCAUAAAAGUUAUUACUCGUCAUAUUAGAGACGGAGAAGAAUUACCUUUAUUAAAUUAUGAUAAUCAUUAUUCCACUCAUUUUCAAGAAAUUCGACUUUUACCAAAACCUGUUAUUAUUUUACCAGGAGAUUCGUUAAUAACAACUUGUACGUACAAUACAAUGGAUAGAGAAAAUAUUACUCUUGGUGGAUUUGCCAUUUCCGAUGAAAUGUGUGUGAAUUAUAUUCACUAUUAUCCUAAUACUCGAUUAGAGGUUUGUAAAAGUGCUAUUAGCAAUGAUGUUCUAAGAACUUAUUUUCGAUAUAUGAAAGAAUGGGAAAAUCAACCAAUUAGCACCGAUAAUGGCAUCUCUUCAAAUUAUAAAAGCAUCGAGUGGACCAAAGUUCGCGUACAAGCUUUACAUGAUUUAUAUGAAGCUGCACCUUUAGGAAUGCAAUGCAAUGGAUCUGAUGGAUCUCGACUUCCUGGACUAUGGGAUAACAUAGCAGCUACACCAGUUAAACUACCUUUAUCUCCACCAGCUCGAAAUUGCCCAGAGAUUCAUCAUUAAAAUAAAAGAUAAUAAAUUCUAUAUAAAUUUUUUUUCCAUUAUAUAGUGUUAUCUAUUUCUGAAAAUAAAAUUAAAAUUCAUGUUCACGG